UCUUCAAACUUGAAAAACCUUUCAAACUUUCUCCAUGGAUAAGCUUGUCCUCCUCGCAAUUUCCCUCGCCCAUUUCUUCAUUUUCCCACCAGCCUACUUUGUCAAUGGUGCUCCCAUAACAUCAUGUACCCAAACCCCAUACCCUGAUGUGUGCGACCAUUACAUCGGAAAUAGUGUUAGCGUUGCCGCACAACUCGAUCAAACACAAUUCUCGUUCCGUGACGUUGCCCUUCAGGUGACUUUGAACCAAGCAGUUCAGGUUCACCGGUUGAUUUCGUCGAUCGACCCGAGCUCAUUCCACGAACGAGCCAAGUUAGCCUGGGAUGAUUGCUUGGAACUCUAUGAGGACACCGUCCAACAUCUUAACCAAUCAACCAGCACCAACGAUCCCAUAGAUUCUCAAACCUGGUUAAGUGCUGCAAUCGCUAACCAACAAACCUGUCAAAAUGGCUUCAUUGACUUCAAAUUAGCCUCUCAUUUACAAAUCCUACCACCCACGUUAGGCAACUUUACCAAGUUGAUUAGCAAUUCUCUAGCCAUAAAUAAGGCCACCACUUCUUCCCAUAGUAGCUUCCCUAAACAAGAUGGCAAUCGACGCCUACUCUCCGAUGGAUUCCCGGCUUGGCUUUCGGCUGCCAAUCGGAAGCUCUUGCAAUCAAGCGGUGCACCAAAAGCCGAUAUCGUGGUGGCUCAAGACGGGUCCGGUAACUUUAAGACCAUAACGGAGGCGGUGGCAGCAGCUGGUGGGGGCAAAAGAAGUGUUAUAUACGUGAAAAGUGGAGUAUAUAAGGAAAGUGUGGAUAUUAAGAAAUCAGCUAAAAAUAUAAUGUUGAUCGGAGAUGGAAUUGAUGCCACCAUUGUUACCGGUAGCAAGAAUGCUCAAACCACAACUACUUUUCGUUCGGCAACCGUUGGUGUUUCGGGUGAUGGCUUCGUAGCUCGCGACAUAACCUUUGAGAACACCGCCGGACCACAAAAACACCAGGCGGUGGCCUUCCGGUCCGGUUCCGAUUUCUCAGUCUUCUACCGUUGCAGCUUUAAAGGUUACCAAGAUACCUUAUAUGUUUACUCUCAACGUCAAUUCUAUCGUGAGUGCGACAUUUACGGAACCGUCGACUUCAUAUUCGGAGACGCAGUUGCCCUCUUACAGAGCUGCAACAUCUACAUCCGUCGGCCGAUGAGCGGCCAAAAGAACACUGUUACCGCACAAGGGAGAACCGACCCGAACGAGAAUACGGGCAUAAUCAUCCACAAUUCACGAGUGACGGCGGCGUCGGAUUUGAAGGUGGUUCAAGGUUCGUUCAAGAGUUAUCUGGGGCGGCCAUGGCAGAAGUAUUCAAGAACCGUGUUCAUGAAGAGCACCUUGGAUGGAUUGAUUGAUAAAGAAGGGUGGUUACCUUGGAGCGGAAGCUUCGCUCUGAGCACUCUUUACUAUGCCGAGUAUAUGAACACCGGUGCCGGAGCAAGCACCGGCGGAAGGGUGAAAUGGGGUGGAUAUCACGUUAUAGGAGCAGCAGAAGCAGGAAAAUUUACGGUGGGGAAUUUUUUGGCCGGAAGUUCUUGGAUUCCGAGCACCGGAGUGCCGUUUGAUGCUGGACUGUGAUAGUUUUGGGGGUUGAUUUUCCAGUUUG